AUGCCAGAUCGGACCAAGGGUACUUCAUCAUUUGGAAAGCGCCACAACAAGACGCACACCUUGUGCCGUCGAUGUGGCCGCAGCUCGUUCCAUAUCCAAAAGAAACUUUGCUCCUCGUGCGGCUACCCCAACGCCCGAAUCCGCAAAUUCAACUGGAGUGUGAAGGCUAAGCGAAGGAAGACCACCGGCACUGGCCGCACCAAGUACCUGAAGAUCGUCCACCGCGUCUUCAAGAAUGGCGUCAAAGAAUGGCGAAUCGCUCGUCCUCGAGAAACUGCGCAAGUUCAGGAUCAUCGUUAA